AUGAAGCCUCUCAACCUCCUCGGACUGGCCUCGCUGCCAUCCGCUCUCGCGCUGAACAUCCCCGCGCAACAGAUUCUCUUUCCUGGCGAGCUAUCACGCAACUCUGCCGAGCUCUCCGGCCGAGAGACGUGCCCGCAGGCACCGAAGGUCGCUGCUCCUGAUGAUGGACUUCAGUCAUCGUUGAAGUUCCUCAAUGACGGUGCUUUCCGAACCCGCCAGGCUAAGCGGCUCUCACGUGCCGUGCAAGUGCCCACAGUCGUCGGCGAUUUCAUGGAGGACCCGUAUGACGAUGCCUUCGAGCCGGUUGUGCAGUUCCAGGAAUUGCUAAAAGAGAUGUUCCCUCUAGUGCACGCGAAGGCCGAGAUCGACCAUAUCAACCGACUCGGUCUGGUCUACACUUUUGAGGGCGAGGACAUCACCCGAAAGCCCAUCCUCUUCAUGGCCCAUCAGGAUGUAGUCCCGAUCGAUGACCCAAACGACUGGACUUACCCGCCAUUUGAGGGCCACUUCGACGGCGAAUGGCUCUGGGGUCGUGGCUCCAGCGACUGCAAGAACGUGCUCAUCGGCCUAAUGUCAGCCGUCGAGGAGCUGCUCAGCCAGGACUGGCGCCCGCAGCGCACCGUUCUGUUUGCAUUCGGCUUUGACGAGGAGUCCCACGGGUUCCUGGGUGCGGGCUCGAUUGCUCCAGAACUGGAGAAGAAGUACGGCAAGGAUAGCUUCGAUUUUAUUCUCGACGAGGGUGGUAUGGGACUGCAGUCACUCGAGGGCGAAUCCGACGAGGUGGUGUAUGCUCUUCCUGGCGUUGGCGAGAAAGGUAGCCUGGACCUUGUCCUGGAGCUGGCUGUUCCGGGCGGCCACAGCUCGAUCCCGCCCUCGCACACGGGUAUCGGCAUCAUGGCUGAGAUUCUAUACGAGCUCGAGCGUCAGGAGCUGUUCUCUCCCCGUCUGGAUCCCUCGCAUCCGUCGUACGGUAUGCUGGAAUGUCAGGCCCGGUACUCGCCUUCACACGUUGAGCCCUGGCUGGCCGACAAGCUGGCCAAAGGUGACGCUGAAGCACUUGGCGAGGCCGUGGCUCAAUCGCGUGGCCCGGCCGUGCGAUACACGCUGCAGACUUCGCAGGCAGCUGAUUUGAUCCGCGGCGGCGUCAAGACCAACGCUCUUCCGGAGAAGGUCUCAGCCGUCGUGAACUACCGCGUGGCGCUGCAUAUGACGCCUGACGAGCUGCGCGAGCGUGCGGUGCGAAUCAUCAGUCCCAUCGCUAAGAAUCACAAUGUCUCCCUGGACAUCAACUUCCCCGGUGUUGCUGGCAGCAAGGACAACUUCUUCGGUGGUGAAGGGGACCGCACUCUGACGCUGUCGCCUCUCAAUGAGCCCCUGUCCCCGGCCCCGAUCUCCCCGUCAGAUCCGCUCUCGUCCAAGGUCUGGGCCCGCUUUGCCGGUGUUGCUCGUAGUGUGUUUGAGUCGCACUCCAACCCGCUCGUCAAGUCGGAGGCCGAGUCGUCCCCGACCGUCGUGGUGACCGGUGAUAUUAUGACGGGAAACACUGACACGCGCUUCUACUGGUCUCUCUCAGAAAACAUCUACCGUUGGAGCCCCUCGCGUGCUGGCGGUACUUUCAAUAUCCACACUGUGGAUGAGCGGAUCCGGCUGGAUGUUCACCUGGAGGGACUGAUGCUGUAUUACGAUUUGAUCCGCUCUUUCGAUGGCUGGGAUGAAAAGUCCGAGUAA